AUGCUGAAAGCGGUGAUUUUAAUCGGCGGACCCCUCAAAGGAACAAGAUUCCGUCCAUUAUCACUGGACAUCCCGAAGCCGCUGUUCCCGAUCGCGGGUCUGCCGAUGAUCCAGCACCACAUCGAGUCUUGCGUUAAAAUCAAGACCCUCAACGAAAUCCUGAUAAUAGGCUCGUACAAUGCCGCGGAGCUGGUGAACUUCGUCCAGGAGAUGAUCAACAUAUACGGGAUCAGCAUCCGGUACCUCCAGGAGUUCACAGCUCUAGGAACCGCCGGAGGGAUGUACCACUUCCGAGACCAGAUCAGAGCAGGCUCCCCAGAGGCCUUUUUUAUAAUGAACGGCGACGUCUGCGCGGACUUUCCUCUCGAGAGUAUGAUUGAAAGUUACAAAGAGACCAAAGGUACACUCACAAUUUUGGCGACUGAGGCCACCAGGCCUCAGUCGCUUAAUUACGGGUGUCUUGUUCUGGGGAAGAACAACUCGAUUGUUCACUAUGUUGAGAAACCUUCAACCUUUGUGUCCACCACGAUCAAUUGUGGGAUUUAUUUGGCUACUGUUGAUGUCUUUCAAAUCAUGAGCGACGUUUUCUACAAGCAUCAAGAUAAAUUUAUGAUGAACAGUAAUGGAAAGGAUCCAGCUCACAUUUCACUAGAACAAGAUAUCUUGACCCUCCUAGCAGGCACCGGAAAGCUCUUUGCUUCAGAAACAAGCAAUUGGUGGUCCCAAGUUAAGACCGCAGGUGCUGCUAUCUACGCAAACAGGCAUUACUUGAAUUUGUACCGGUCUAAGAAACCAGAGAGGUUAAUCCCUGCUGUUAAUGGAGUUUGCAAUGUCGUGGGAGAUGUUUAUAUCAAUCCAAGCGCUUCUGUCGACCCUACGGCAGUGUUGGGGCCGAACGUAAGCAUUGGGCCAAACGCAAAAAUUUCCGCCGGAGUGAGAAUAAGAGAAUCGAUAGUCCUAGAGGGCGCUCAGAUCCAAGCUCACUCGAUGGUCCUCCACAGCAUAGUCGGCCGGGGAAGUAUUGUCGGCAAGUGGUCCCGGGUAGAGGGCACUCCUUGCGAUCCUAACCCCAACAAGCCUUUCGCCAAGAUGGAGAACCCCCCGCUCUUUAACAGCAACGGGAAACUGAACCCCUCAAUAUCAAUUCUCGGGACUAGUGUAAAUCUAGCCGCGGAGAAGAUUCUUUUGAACUCUAUUGUCCUACCGCACAAGGAACUGACCAAGAAUUUUAAAAAUGAAAUUAUUUUAUAG